UGUUGUUUCCGCAUUCCGCCGUGAUGGUAAACUGAGUGACAGCGCUGUCGCUAAUUCUCCAGUGCAACAGGGAGAGAAAUCCUCUGGGGAAACUCGUCCCACAGCUCUGCGUCGAAAACCAAACAUGCCUUACAUUCUGGUCAGCACACAGAUCCGCCUGGAGACCGGGCCCACCAUGGUAGGUGAUGAGUAUUCAGAUCCUGCCAUCAUGACCUAUCUGGGAGCAAGGAAAACUACCGUGCUGGGCAACAACUUUUCAGAAUACCAUGUGGAUGAACCACCACGAUUAGUCCUGGACAAGCUUGAGAAGCUCGGCUACAGAGUUGUGGCCAUGACGGGAGUUGGUCAGACUCUGGUGUGGUGCCUUCACAAAGAGACUAGUGAGCUUGGUCAACAUCCUAUAACGUCGUGAUAUGAAGUAUGUGUUUAAAAAAAAAAAAAAAAAAAAAGACCAUUUUAAUACAACAUGAAACCACAAGGUUAUAUGUCAUAAGCGGAUUUGAGCAGUGUUGGCAUGAGACUAGUGUUGAAAGUGCAAUGGCUAGCUUUUCUCAUUGUGAAAAUAUUUUGUAAUUAAAACUAUAAACAGAGAAUUUCUCUCUGUCUAAAGCUAAACCAAUCAAACUUGACAUUAUAUAAUCAAAUCAGAAACAGUGCAAGGCAAGUCUGUCAGUUCAGUAGUGAGUGCUGUUUAUUCCUGUUUAGACAUGUUUAAAUGUAUGUACUUCAAAUUAACCAUAUGAAAGGCAAGUAAUUUGUAAACAUAUUUAUGUUUCUGUCAUUAAUGUUGGAUGCUUCAUUAAAUAUAAUUCUACACAUUGGUGAAAAAUAUCCUUUUUAUAGAUAUGUUUUGUGGUUUGGAGAAUCUCAAUUUCAAUUAGCUAAAAUUUUAAAUGCAUUCCAGAAUAUAAUUUCUCAUCUAGACAUCAUGUCAUUGUUCAGUUUAUUGCUUUAUUUAACUUUGUAACGUAUUCUGAGUUGUUUACAUUUUUUACUGAACUGUGUAAAUCAGUGGUGUCUUGCUUCACCACAUCACUGCAGAGUUCAGUAUUCCACCUCAUUUAACACCUGAUUUAACUCAUCGGAAAACUAUCAAGGCCUUCUGGGCUGAAUUUGGUUUGUUAGAAGAUGAGAAAACACAAAUCUUUGUAAGGUAGUGACCUUCUAGGACCUGUUUGACAACAGUGAUGUAAAUGUAAUAUGAUAUGUGUGCUUCCACAAAGAGAACUAAAUAAAAAUAAAAGUUUAAAGAAAA